AUGUGGAAAUGUACAAGAAAUGUGGAAGAUGGAAGGUUGAGCCUUGAACCUGUUGCUUGUCAAUCUGUAGAACGAAAUGAGAAUUAUGAAGUAUUGAGUCCAGGAUCAUCCAGAACUAUGAACAAUGGAUCUGUAAAACAUUCGUGUGAUAUUGGCGAUGGACGGUUGAAAAGUGUUUUUGAGUUUGUCCCUGGGUGUUAUCACAAUGGAAUUGUCUACCAAUUGGGCGAUGAAUGGCAGGAAGAGAACCAAGGAGACAAGCAUUUAGUGCAAAACGUGACUAUGGAGUGUGUGCGCUCAGAAUCCGGGUAUUUUGACAAAAAAGUGACAGAGUGCAAAUUCAAUUCAGAAGAGGAGUAUGACGUUCAUCAUUUGGGAAACAAUUCUCUCUACAUUGAAAAGUUUAUUGAUUAUAUCACUAUUCGCUUAAACAAUUAUUAUGAGAAAUCUGAUCUGGUUAUUGUGGAGGAUUCUGAUGGAAUCCAAAGUUCAAAGCGAGUCAACACGCGACACUUAAAAUGUGUUGAAACGGAACCGGGCCACGUGACAUUGAUAAAUGUUACUGAAGAAGAAACGGGCUGCACAUAUAAAAACCAAACAUAUCUUCAUAAAAGCAGUUGGGUCGACGUGACUCAAGGAGCUGGUCUGAGAUGCGGAAAUGGGAAUGAAGUUAUGAAAGAUUAUUGCUCCCUGAAUGGAAAAAUGCAUACUCUUGGUGAAGAGCUGAAAUUGUCAAAUGGAUGUGUCUUCGUGUGCGAUGAGCAAAGGAAUAUUUAUAUUUGUGAUGAUCUUUUGAAAUUGUAA